AUGGAAGUUGGUUGUGACUCGAAUGGAAGUAGUGGAGGUCUACUAGUUUUAGGUUGGUCUAGUAACGUAGUUGAAUGUUUGUAUGCUACUAAGAAUUUUAUCCUAUUUAAAAUAUAUGAAGCUAAUGGAAGGUUUAAGUAUGUCUUGUUUCUUUACGGUGAGCCUCAAGUAGAAAAUAGGACAAUCGUUUGGGAACAAAUUCAAUGGAUUUUGGAAGAGUACAAAAAUGUUCUAGUAAUGGGGGACUUUAACCAAGUAGAAAGUGGAACUGACAAAAUGGGAGGCACGACCCAAAUUAGAGGCAUAAAUUCUUUCUUAGAUUGGAGAUUUAGUAGCAAUGUUACGGAGGUCCUUUUCUCGGGACCAAGGUUUACUUGGAGCAACAAAAGGGAUGAGAAUGAGCUCAUUUUGGAAAGGUUAGACCGGGCCUACAUAACGGAAGAAUGGUUCCAACAUUCACCGGAUGGUAUAGUAGUGCAUGAACCAAUUAUCUGUUCUGAUCAUGCAGCGAUCACCUAUAGUUCUGAGAGGUUCAACAACAAUUCUAAUAGGCCAUACCAAAUUGAAAAUUGGUGCCUUCGCUUCACGAAAAUAAAAGAAAUCGUGGAAAGGGAAUGGAAGGUGGAAGUUCAAGGCUCACCUAUGUUCCAAGUGGCAAGGAAACUCUCGAGGGUAAGAACAAAUAUGCAAUAUUGGUGUUUGGAAAACAAGAAACUAUGGGGAGUUAAUUGGAGGAAAGUCACGAAUGAUAUACAUGACACAGGAAUGAGUAUCAACUCAGUUAGUGAAGGGGGAGAGUAUAUCAAUCUCAUAAAUCAACUAGUUCCAGAGAAUCAGCUGAGCUUCGAAUUUUGGAAACAACGAAUGAAAGCAAAUUGGAUCAAGUAUGGUGACUGCUCGACCCCCACAAUGUAUAGGAAGGUGAAACAACGACAGUUACACAAUGAGAUUGUAACUUUGAGAGAUGAAAAUGACACAUGGGUCGAAGGGCGGAAAGAAGUGGAAGAGGUGGUUUUGAACUCAAUUAAAGAGGUUUACAAGCCAAAUACUCAAAGACAUCAUGGAGAGAAUAUCGAUCUGCUUCUUAGGGAAUUGGAUAUUCCCAACCUCACAAACACUGAUCGGGAAUGGUUAGACAAGCCUUUUACAGAUCAAGAAAUAAGAAAGGCUAUGCUUAAUAUCCAUAGUUCUAAAUCGCCGGGGCCGGAUGGGUUCACUGCGGACUUCUUUCAUGUCUACUGGAAGGAGGUGGGACAAUUGGUAACGGAGAGUGUCCAUCAAUUUUUGAGGACGGGAAAUAUUCUUAAAGAAUGGAACCAAUCUCUCUUGGUUUUAAUCCCAAAGGUAAAGGUGCCCGAGGUUGCUAACCAAUUCAGGCCGAUUAGUCUCUAUAACACAGUCUACAAGUGCAUCUCGAAGUGUCUAGUUAAUAGGCUAAAGGUAGUUCUUCCAAGCUUGAUCUCGGAAAACCAACAUGCUUUUAUUCCGGGUAGAUACAUGGAAGAUAACAUUCUCCUGAGCCAUGAGCUAAUGCAUCUUAUUAACACAAAAAAGGGCUCGAACUUUACGGUGUGA